AUGCUCGUCUUCAAGACUCCAGCCAGGGAAUACAGAAGGGCCUUAGCCUAUGGUUGUCGUAGGUACCACCAGGCCCCUUUAAUACGGAUACCCAAGGAUUCGGCGGUGUAUGCGUUCGGAGCGGCCAACAAGCGGUCAGAACCCUUGUUCGAAACCAAAGACCUUGACUGGACAGUGCACGAACAAGAUUCAUGGGGUAUCGUUGGAAGAGGAAAAUCUAACGUCUUCCAGACACUGUUAGGACAUACCCGAAUCCACCCAGUUCCCGAAGGAGGGCUAUAUCCAAGCUUGAAAGACCAAGAUCCUUUCACUCGCAUUAAAUUCGUUCCGUUCCGGCAUUCGAAUGCUGUCUCGUCAGGUGAAAGUGGUGGAUUCUACGACUACACGGCCAAAUACGGUGCUCUAAGAGAGGGAGACGACAAGACAUUGGAGUCGAGUCUUCGAGAAGCUGUCGCGACGAGUAGCCUGCCGACUGCGGAACAAAGCCGUAUUCUGGACAGCUUGGAGCUGACUCCUUUACUGCAAGUUCCUCUAAUUGGUCUCAGUAAUGGUCAGAUGCGACGGGCGAGAAUCGCGAAGGCUUUGUUCAAGAAUCCGACGAUUCUGCUGUUGGAUGAACCUCUAACGGCUCACCGACCUGUUCAAGCGACUGAGAACAAGAUCCCAUGCAUUGAAGGAGACCGAUUUUGGGCUGGAAAGCGACAGGACUUCUUUGAACAGCUUGCCCCCAAGCUUGCCGAUGGGCUACGCAACCGGAACAUGCAUUCCACAUUUAUCCCACCUAUCCAACGGGGAAGAACGGUUGCACAUCUUCGAAAUGUCAGUGUUAAAUACGGUCCAAGACAGGUUCUGGACGACAUCGACUGGGAGAUAAAACAAGGCGACAGGUGGCAUUUACAGGGGUCCAACGCACACUUGAAAAUCCCCUCAGUCGAACUAUCACCUGAGAAGAAGCCCCAUGAACAACGGAAUUGGCGACUCGAGCACCGGAAACGGACAGCAACUCCCCAUUUACAAUCACUAAUCGGGGUCCUUUCCCCCGAGCUCUUCGACGCUUUCCCUCGACGAUAUCCUGGCAUGUCCGUCUGGGAUGCUAUUCAAACUGGCUUCAGUGGAACCUUCAUUUCGUCAAACAAGCCUGUGGGGGAUGUUUACGUAGACACAUGGGAGGAGGGCGCAGAUAGUGUCAAAGCCUGGCGAAUCAAGAGGUGUUGGGAAGUUUUGGAGCACCUUGGGCCGCAGACCUGGGGCAACUCGAAUGCCGCGAUCAGAGAGACCGGUGUUUCAACAGACGCACGUAGUUUUGCUGCGCGGUCAUUCACCUCGCUUACGCAAGGGGAACAGCGAAUGGUGUUACUGAUGCGCGCUCUGGUUGGGCGGCCACCGUUGGUCAUCUUGGACGAGGUAUGGAGCGGGAUGGACGAGAGGAUGAUUAAGGCUGUCAAGGCCUACUUUGAUAGUGGCCAUGGAGUUGGUAAUGACCAGGCGGUUAUUUUGGUCACACACUGGGACAGCGAGGUUCCUUGGACGCAGGAACAAGGCCUUCGAAAGUUCAGACUAGAACACGGUCGCGGGCAUGUAGUGGCAUAA